AUGGACAAAGUUGUCUAUGUCAACGAGAGUCACCGAACUCACCUGCAAGAGCGCUGGCAUGCAUAUCCGGAAGCGUGUUCGAGGCCGGCCCCCGAUCUUGGAAUACCAAUCGUCUGCACCACGGGAAGCGAUGUCAUCUUUACCAGAGGAUACCUCGUGAGUCCCGGGCAAGACUUCGACAUGUUCGAGCACUGUUGUCCAAGCAACCGGAAUGGGUCAAACGUUUACAUGACACAGCGCUUCUGCCAGUCUAGUACAUGUUUCACUCAUCAGCCGGAGAUUGCGAUCAAUUGGCCUGACUGUGUGAGAGAGGCGGCGGGGAAGAAGAUAGACGAGCUCAAAGCUGAGGGGAGAAAGUUCAACUACACCAAAGACAUUUUCAAGGGGAAAUGUGAAUGGAUCGAUUACACAUCUCUCAAGAAGGAGCUUCAGUACAACAAGAGCGAGUCUAGUUCAUUGGGUGUGAGCAAAUGCGUCAUUCUUGCUCUGACUUUAGCAUCUGUAGUUGGGGCUCAUUUCAUCAUGUAG